CCGCCGGGGGUGCAUGUCUCUCGCCCGCUCCACGCUAAUAUUCUUUGUCAAGUUAUUUGUUAAUUAAAACUGCAACAAUAGUGGUGUGAUGAAGGGGCAGAGCAAGCGGUUUGUCGACCACCUGGGGAAGGCGUACGCGAUGGGAGUGGGGAAGAAGGAUGAUGAUAUCGGAUUUUUGGAUUUGUGGCGCUACGCGACGGUGGGCGAGCGCGCGGCGACGCUGCUCGGCGUGCUGCUGUCCUGGUGCUCCUCCUUCGGCCUGAUCUGCGCGGUCGUCAUCUACGGCGAGAUCACGUCGCUCUUCGUGCAGAGACACAAGGCCGCGCCCACGACGCCGCACGCGCAUAUAUUGAAGCUGUUUGGGGGAGGGGGACUGCUUCCAGCAGGCAAUCGUUCGAGCCACAUGGACGCGCUGGUGGACGACUCCGUCGCGUUCGGCGCGGCCAGCGUCGUCAUCAUGCUCGUGCAGUUCGCCACGUCCGCGGCGGCCGUCGCGCUGGCCAACUGGGCUGCGGGGAGAAUGAUAACCCGUCUCCGGUGGCGGCUGCUGCGCUCCGUCAUCAGCCAAGAGAUCGCGUUUUUCGACACCAACACCACCAUGAACUUCGCCUCCACACUCACAGAGGACACAGACAAGCUGCGGGCGGGCGUGGGCGAGCACGUGGCGAUGACGGCGUACCUCGCGGGCUCCGUGGUGCUCGGCGGCGCGCUCUCGCUGUCGUACGGCUGGCAGCUCACGCUCGCCGGCAUGUCGGUGGUGCCCGUCGCUAUUUUGGUGGCUGGGACUGUUUCCAAGUACCAGACGCGCUGUUCCUCUGACGAGGUGGUGGCGUACGGCGCGGCGGGCCGCGUCGUGGAGGAGGCGCUGUCCGCCAUCAGGACCGUGCGCGCGUACGCCGGCGAGGAGCUGGAGGUCCAACGGUACUCGGAAGCGCUGCGCGGCGCCGCUUUGGCCGCGCGGCGGCGGGGCGCGUGGGCGGCGCUGGGCGCGGGGCUGGGCUGGCUGCUCACGUACGCGCUCAACGCGAUCGUGUUCGCGUACGGCGCCGCGCUCUGCGUGCGCGACAUGGAGCUGCCGCCCGAGCAGCAGCAGUACCACCCGGGGAUCAUGCUGACGAUCCUGUUCUGCACAUUCAUGGCGGCGCAGAACAUCGCCAUGUGCCACCCGCACCUGGAGAUCUUCUCGGCAGCGCGCGGCGCCGCCCGCUCGCUGUUCCAGCUGCUGGAGCGGCGCUCCGGCAUCGACGCGCUGACGGACGAGGGCAUCAAGCCGGAGAGCUUCCGAGGGGACAUUGAGUUUGAGAACGUGUACUUUAAUUACCCGUCCAGGCCUGAUGUUAAGGUGCUGCGCGGGCUGUCGCUGCGCGUGGCCGCGGGCGAGACCGUGGCGCUGGUGGGCGGCUCCGGCUGCGGGAAGUCCACCGCGCUGCAGCUGCUGCAGCGGCUGUACGAGCCGCGCAGCGGGCGCAUCUCCGUCGACGGCCACCCGCUCGACCAGCUGCAUUUACACCAUUUUAGACACAGCAUUGGCGUGGUCGGUCAAGAACCAGUACUUUUCAGCGGCACGAUCAGAGACAACAUCACCCUGGGCGUGGGCGACGUGCCCGAGGAGCAGCUGAUCCUGGCUGCUAAGACUGCGCACGCGCAUGACUUCAUCACGAAGCUGGUUAAUGGCUACGACACGGUGCUGGGCGAGCGCGGCGCGUCCCUGUCGGGCGGGCAGAAGCAGCGCGUGGCGCUGGCGCGCGCGCUGCUGCGGCGGCCCGCGCUGCUGCUGCUGGACGAGCCCACCUCCGCGCUCGACCCCACGGCCGAGAGACAGGUGCAAGCCGCGCUGGACGCAGCCAGCGCGGGGCGGACCACGCUCGUCGUCUCCCACAGGCUAUCGACAAUAGUGAACGCGUCCCGCAUCGUGUACGUGGAGCAAGGCAGCGUGCUGGAGCAGGGCACGCACGCGGAGCUGCUGGCGAAGGGAGGGGCCUACUACAGGCUGGUCCAGGAUGACAUCAACAGCAAGGGUCCCUUACCACCGCUGUCAGCCGCCACUGAGCAGCCGGAGGACGUGCCGCCGCCCCCCCCGCCCGCCGCCUCGCCGCCGCGCGUGCGCCGCAACAACAGCACCGCCAGCGCGCACUCGCUACAUAGAGAAUCUCUGAUCCGGAGCAGCUGCCGGCUCGGGUCCGUGACAUCGCGCGUCGCCGCACCCGCCGCUGAAAUCCUAGAUCCUGAAGAAGACGACUCCUCGGAAGCGGCGGCGCCGGCCCCGGCCGCGUCCACGUGGUCGCUGCUGCAGCUGAACGCGGCGGAGUGGCCGCAGCUGGCGGGCGGCGGCCUCGCCUCGCUGCUCGUCGGCGCCACCAUGCCCGUGUUCGCCUUGCUGCUCUCCAAGCUGUACGGGAUGUUCUCCGGGUCGGACGGGCAGCUGAUCCUGGCGCAGUCGCGGCUGUACGCGGGGCUGUUCGCGGCGGUGGCGGCGCUCUGCGGCCUGGUCAUGUUCCUGCAGACCUGGCUGUUCAACAGAGCCGGGGCGGCGCUCACUGACCGCCUCAGGGUCAGGACUUUCCACAACUACUUGCGACAGGAGCAAGGCUGGUUUGACGCCUCGGAGAAUUCAGUGGGAGCGCUGUGUGCGCGCCUCGCCUCCGACUGCGCCGCCGUGCAGGGAGCUACCGGCACUCGUCUAGGCACGGUUCUACAGGGAGUGAGCACGAUGGUGAUCGGCGUGUCGCUGGCGCUGGCCUACAGCUGGAAGAUGACUUUAGUCAGCCUGCUCAGCGUGCCGUGUGUGAUCGGCGGCAUCUACCUGGAGGGCUACGUGACGAAGCGCACGGAGGUGCGCGAGCGCCGCGCGCUCGAGCACGCCGCGCGCAUCGCCACCGAGGCCGUGCUCAACAUCAGGACUGUGCAUAGCUUAGGCGUGGAACACACAAUCCUCUCCCGCUACAAGGCGGCUCUGUGUGACGCGCAGGCGCGGGCGCGCGCGGCGGGGCGCCUGCGCGGGCCCGUGUACGGGCUGUGCCUGUGCGCGCCCACGCUGGGCUACGCCGUGUCGCUCGCGUACGGCGGCUACCUCAUCGCCAGGGAGGGGCUGCAGUACGAGUACGCUAUCCUUGUAGCGGAAUCCCUGAUCUACGGCGCGUGGAUGUUAGCAGAAGCUCUCUCAUUCGCACCCAACUUCUCAGCGGCGAGACGCGCCGGCGCAAGGAUCCUGCUCGCCUUGAGAAGACAGCCCACCAUCGUCUCCGAGACCGAGGAUGAUGACCCUAACUGGUCGGCGGCGGGCGAGCUGAGCCUGGAGGCGGUGAGCUUCCGCUACCCGCGCCGCGCCGCGCCCGUGCUGCGCGCGCUGCGGCUGCGCGUGCGCGCGGGCCGCUCGCUGGCGCUGGUGGGCGCCAGCGGCUGCGGGAAGUCCACCGUCAUGCAUCUGCUGCUGAGGAGCUACGACCCGGACUCCGGGGUUGUGAAACUGGACGGGCGCGACACCAAGCGCUCCCUCUCGCUCGCACGCCUGCGCGCGCAGCUCGGGCUGGUGCAGCAGGAGCCCGCGCUGUUCUCGCGCUCCAUCCGCGACAACAUCGCGUACGGAGACAACGCCCGCGCGGUGCCCAUGGCCGAGAUCAUAGCGGCGGCGCAGAAGGCCAAUGUGCAUAGCUUCAUCGCGGGGCUGCCGGCGGGCUACGAGACCCGGCUGGGCGGCGGCGGCGCGUCCCUCUCCGGCGGGCAGAAGCAGCGCGUGGCCCUCGCGCGCGCGCUGCUGCGCGACCCGCGCGUGCUGCUGCUGGACGAGCCCACGUCCGCGCUCGACGCCGCCAGCGAGAAGGUGGUGCAGCAGGCGCUGGAGGCGGCGGCGGCGGGGCGCACCACCGUCAUCAUCGCGCACCGGCUCGCCACCGUCCGGCACGCGGACACCAUCGCCGUCAUCGACAAAGGUGUCGUAGCCGAAAGCGGGUCACACGACGAAUUAGUGCGAAAGAGAGGACUUUACUGGGAAUUAUUACAACAGCAAGGCCCAGUGGACGCGGCGGCGUAACGGCGGCGGCCAUCUUGUCGGACGCCAUCUUGAUUAGCUAAUUUGAGUCGAUGUUGACAAGAUGGCGACACGGCGUCUGGUUCAAUGUUGCCAUAAGAACGUGACAGUGUUGCCAUUAAACAACGACUCGAUCAAAGUUGUCAAUUGUCAUCAAUUGGGUUUCGGAUCUCGAGUCCCACUAGCGGCCUCUGGUGAUGAAAAUUUGUAUCGUUGAUAGAAAAAGCUACGGUAAACUCCCAAAAAAGAAUUGGUAUUUACAAAAUAAUUAUAUUUCAAACAACUCAAACCCGCGGUAUCAUCCGCGUAAUUUAAAUAAACUUCAAAUCCGAUUUUACAUAACAAAUAUUAAGCGACCGUGCUCAAACUCUCGCGUGUUCAAAAGAUGUUAAAAAGCUACUUUUUAACAUCUAUUCAUUUAGCUCUCUGAAUUUUCACUAAGUAAUCCUAGAUUGUUACAAUAAUGAGUUAAUACCUGAUGAUCUUAGAUAUAGUAUUUUUAAACCACAAAGUUGUCUGACAAAUUAUGAAUGUAAUUAAAAACCGACCAUAUUUCAGUGGCAAUAAGAUGGAUUUGCACAGAAUUUCAAAAGGUUAUGGGCCCACCAACUUUAUCUAUACGACUUUCCAUAUUAUACAUACAAUUACAUAUCCCUUACGGGUAGAGAGAGCGAAAUUUUAAAAAUAUUGAAAGUUCCAUCUUUUAGCCACUGGAGUGAGGCGUGUUUCAAAAAUGUCACCUAUAUUUAAAUCUCGUUCUAGUUUAAGUGUCCUAUUUUGAGGUUAUAAUUAUAAAUAACAUAAAUAUAGAGUUUAUCCAUGACUGUGAUUAUGUUGGUAUUAAGUUAUUUAAUUGAUCUUAUUGUUUAAGUAACAACACGACAUUUAGUAUUAUUAUGUACAAAUAGUUUUAGUGUAAUUAUAAGUCAAUCUCUUUCCAUUUCUUUUAAAUUCUUUUUUAUUCAUUCUUUCAAUAUUUUCUUUUUUCA